AUGAGCGCCCAGGCAUACUACGAGCUCUAUCGCGGGAGCAGCCUCGGACUCUCCCUGACCGAUACCCUCGAUGACCUGAUCAACGAAGGACGGAUCGAGCCCCAGCUCGCCAUGAAGAUCCUCUCAACUUUCGAUCGCGUGAUCACAGAGGUGCUGGCAGACAAAGUGCGCGCUCGUCUGACUUUCAAGGGACAUCUUGAUACCUACCGAUUCUGCGACGAAGUGUGGACAUUCCUUAUCAAGGACGUUACUUUCAAGCUGGAUAACCAGACUACGGUCUCCGCGGAUAAAGUGAAGAUUGUGAGCUGCAAUAGCAAGAGGCCUGGUGAAGCCUAA